CCAAGUAGUUUGCGGUUUAAGAGGUCUAGCAUAGGCCUAUUGAAUUCGACUCUAUGUAUAAUCCAACUAAAGCCCAAUUAUAAACAAUUGUACUGAACUUGCCGAACGUAUAUGGCCUGGGCUUUGUUUGGUCCAUGAACAAACCUGAGUUUUUAUCAUGCAAACUUGUUAUUACACGGCAAGAUCGCCAUAAUAAUAAUAAUAAUAAUACUAGACAAGUGCAAGUGCAAGUGCAAUGGCGCCAUGAUUUUGUACUCAAAUGGCGAUAAUUUUCAGAGCCAAAAGUUGCUUCGCAUCUCGUCUCAGAAACCUAACCACCUUACAGAGAUUCAACCACUCUCUAAUCGAACAAACUCCACUAUAUCCUAGAAUGAUUUCCUCUGACUCCAAGGAUCAACAAAGUACUGUAAUUGACAUAUCAAAAUGGAAAAAGAUAAAUGCAAGUGCUGUUGGUAUCAAGCGUUCUAUGAUUCCACCUUCUCCAUGGCUUGUUUUGAAAAUUCUGCAUAAUAAAGGAUUUGAAGCUUAUUUGGUUGGUGGAUGCGUGAGAGAUUUACUUCUCAAUAGAAUACCUAAAGAUUUUGAUGUGAUCACCACUGCUAAGCUUAAACAGGUUAAGAAGCAAUUCCAUCGCUGUGAGAUUGUUGGACGACGAUUUCCUAUAUGUAGAGUGCAUGUGAAAGGAUCAGUAGUUGAGGUAUCCAGUUUUGAGACAGUAGCUCAGCACAAUGAAGGAAAAGAAGAGGUCCUUAUAUCUCAAAAACCAAGUGGCUGCAAUGGAAGGGACUUCAUCCGGUGGAGAAAUAGUAUGCAUCGGGAUUUCACAAUUAACAGUUUGUUCUUUGACCCAUUCAUGAAUCAAAUCUUUGAUUAUGCCAAUGGCAUGGCAGAUUUAAGUUUUUUAAAGCUACGGACUGUAAUCCCUGCUCGCUUGUCAUUCCAAGAGGACUGUGCGAGAAUCUUGCGCGGAUUGAGAAUUACAGGCCGUCUGGGUCUGUCAAUUUCAAAGGACACUGAAUCUGCUAUACGCAAACUUUCAUCUUCUGUCAAGAGUUUGGACAAGGCCAGGAUAAUGAUGGAACUGAACUACAUGCUAUCUUAUGGAGCUGCAGAGUCUACUAUCUAUCUGCUUCAGAGAUUCAACCUGCUCGAACUAUUUCUUCCAUUUCAUGCGGCAUAUCUUAGUCAACAGGCUGGUGAAACGUUUUCUCUAGGCUCUGUGAUGCUGAUGAAAUUAUUUUUCAAUUUGGAUACACUGGUUAGUUGUGAUCGGCCUUGCACUAGCAGUCUAUGGGUUGGACUACUAGCAUUUCACCAAGCUUUGGUAACAAAUCCACAAGAUGCUCUUGUUUCAUGGGUCUUUGCUUCUGUGCUGUAUCAUGGAAAGUGGAAGGACGGUGUUGAAUUUGCAAGGGAAAAUGCCAAAAUGCAAGUCAAAUUUGCACCUGAAAUCUCAGGCUUCUCUGAAUUUAAAUCAGAUGAAGAACUUGCAGAGGAAGUUAGUCAUCUAGCUUCUUUGGUUCAAGAUUCUGUUGAUGCUUUGAUGGAUACAGAUACUCUUGCCCAGUCCAUGUCUAGAUUUGGAGUUACCUCGAGUUCUGGUUUGGUAUUUGUAUCGAAGAAAAUAGCAAAUGAUGUUGCUCAACUUUUUAAUGUGCUGGUGGAUGAUGUUGAAUCUUACAAAACUGAGAGAGAAAGUUUCAUGAUUGACUACUACCUGCUUGGGAAGGGUAAUCAGCAUGAGACUAGAUUUGUUCUUGGUAAAGUUAUUUUAGAAACUUUGAGUGGAGGACUCACUAAAGGAGUAGAGGUUGCUGAAGAUGGACCAAAGGUCAUUGAGGAGAAACAUGAUUCGAAACUUUCUGAUCUGGUCAAGGAUUACAUGGUGGAAUGGGAGGAAGAAAUACCUGUCCUGUCACCACUUGAUCAUGAACACAGCCAAAAAAAGACGGGAAACAAACGAAAAUUGGUAAUGACAAAAUCCUUUUAUGAGGAGAAGGUAGCUACAAAGGAAGAUGUUUUGAAAAAUAAGUCUGAGGCGGUGGCUAAGAAGCCCCAGAAGAUACUUAAGAUAACUCAAUUACCUGAAUUAGAGAAGAAAAAACAUCAUUUGUCUGAGAAUUCUGGGACUAGUAAUUUAAGCAUUGAGGGGAAAGUUAACCAUGAAGAGAAGAAAGAUUGCCGACUAUUAUUGCAAGAGGUGGUCAAGGACAAGACUGAAAAUUUAAAACAGAUGAUUAAGGAGAAAACUGAUCGGCCUUCUCUGUAUAAUCUUUUCAGGAGAUGACAGUUGUGUUUGUUGCAAAAGACAUGCUUUACAAUAGAAACUGGGAAGCAGCACUGCCUCAGUUCUCUUUGUAACGCACAUGCCAACCUGGGGUAACAGAAUUGCAGUAAAGCUAUAAAGUGACCGGUAAAUCUGUGUGUGUGUGGCAUGUGAGUACUGUCUCACAUGUGCAUAGAUAUAUCCUUGCCUAAAUUUUGCCUACAUGACAUAAUCUUUCUUUCUGCUGCAAUUGUUCACUAAAGCCGAAAGGCUGAUAUGGCCUAUUGCCAAUGUAACAUCAUCUAUAUUACAAAAAAGAAAAAGAAAAGAAAAAAGGAACUUUCUUUUUGUGAUUUAGAUAAAACUAUUAUUAUCAGCUCCAAAGGCCAUUGUUAUAAAAAGUUGUGUUAUGUAGCAUUUCUUUUAUUAGGCCAUAUUUGUUGUUAGAGUAGUGAGUAGUCUUAGGUAAGACAUUCAAUUUUGAAUUAGUAUUAUAGAUAUGAGCCAGAGUGUGGCAGCUUGGAUUUUGUUUACUAUAUUAGGGAAUGAUGUGCAUCAGAUGUACAGUUCUUUGUUCUAAAUGUUUUUGAGAAAUUAUCUGAUAUACAUUGAAGUUUGCUUC